AAGAAAUAAUAGAUAGAAAAAGAGAAACUUAUAAGAUAAAGCAAAUCAAAACAACACUCUUUUAUUUCAGUUUCUUAAUUUAUUCUUUUUUUUUUUUUUUUUUAUUAUUGUAUUGUAUUGUAUUAUUUUUUUAAAUAUUUAAUAACCACACCUACACUCAUACACACAUAAAUAAAUAAAAUAAAUCUUUUUUUUUUUUUGUAUAAUAGUUUAUAUCCAAAAUGCAAUCAAAUUCUUUUUUUUUAAGAGUUAUUGUCGCAGAAAAUGGUCAUGUAUUUAAAAUCCCAGUAAAUCCAUAUGUUACCAUUGAGAGUAUUAAAAACUCAUUGGUUCAACACACAACUUUAAAUCCUUCAGAACAAAUUUUGAUAGCAGAUAAAACAUUAACAUCUAAAACACUCGAACAUUAUGGUAUUACUAGUGAUAGAGAUAUUUAUUUGUUUAAUAAAAGAAUUAUUCUUGAUCCAAGUUUAAAACCAGAUGCACCAGAUUUAUCAAUAAACGAGUUUAAGAGAGUUCCAAAAAAACCAAUUCCAAAUAAUUUAGAACAAUUCGAAAAUUCAACAGAUCCACUCCAAAGACUGUAUGCAACUGAAUAUUACCUUUCAAGCCAAUUGGGAGCAGCAAAAUUCCUCAAAGAUGAAAUUCAAAAUAAAAUUAUUAUAUGCAAUAACAUGCCAAACAAUAUUUCACAUCAAAAGAGUGCUAUCAAAGUAGCAAAUGUUUCAUUUUUUGAAUAUAGAGAAAAUCUUUUCAAACAUGCAAAUAUAUUUUUUAGAGAGUUUGACAAAAAGAAACCAUACUUUGAAUUAGUAUUUUCAUCAUUCGAAUCAGAUAUUUCAAAAUUAAAACAAACCAAACUUCAUGAAUCACUUAG